UUUAUUUCUUCUUUGCCUUUUCGUUGACACGCAGUCGUUAUCAAUUCUGUUUUGUUCACCUUCGUUCGUUCGUUCGUUCACCCUUGCACGGUUCUUUUUUUCCUGCCGGAGAAAGAAGGAUUCCUUGAUUGCUAUUCCCGCGGACUGCUUAUACCAGGUUCAUAUCUACUGGCUAGGAAGAAUUAACAGUAUACGAAGCAGCACACCAUUGUGCUGCAGACAGAUACUGGGAAACCAAAAAAAUAUUACGAGCGAGGAGGUACCUCUACAAUUAGAAACAGGACCUAGAAGCUGGAAACCGGGUGCCCGGAAUCGAAUCCCAGUAUAUCGACGAAAAGUCCGGGCUGCGAAAUAGUCGGGUCGAGGCUAAAGGAUCUGCGCUCUCGGCGACGACGAGGCUGAAGCUGCCCGCGUUUAUCACCUCAACCAGGAUGCCUUCCUUCCGCCAUUUCCUCAUUUUAUUCACCAUCUUCACUGUCUUCGCAGUCACAUUUACCUCGGCGGCCGUAGGACAGGUCCGGAGGUACCAUGCGCCAACGGCGGACGAAAUACAGUUCACCAAGCUUCUGUCUACGAUUUCCGACGACCCGGAGCUUCACGAUGCGCUAGAGAAGUACAUUGCAAAUAAAUAUCACCCAGGCAAGAAGGGCGGGGACGACACAGCGUUUCAGUUCCUUAACAGCUAUAAGGCUGCUGCUGCGACGAGUUUGGUGGAGCUUGUCAAGAGGCAGAAUUCUAAUGGGACUACGACUACGACGACUACCUCUAUAACCGAUCCGCCGAAGACCACCACUUCUGUUGUUGUGCCCCCAACUACGGAUGAACCUCCUCCAACAACUACACCAGACACUCCAACCCCACCUGGGCCGACCGAAACCCCAAACCCAACCGACAGUUCAACUGAAAACCCUCCAACUCCCACUCCCACACCCGGAACACCAACCACGCCAACCCCCACCCCUCCCGGCAGUACUCCGACCAAAAGCGGCCCUACAACUCCUCCCCCAACGGGAGGGCAAGAGGCGAAGACGCACACCUCGAAGACUGAGACGACUACAUACACGACGGUUGGUCCUGACGGUACUACGAGCACUAUCACAGCGUAUACCGUUAUUCCUUGGAGCCAACCUACGGAGAAUGCGGAGCCGACUGUCACGCCCUCUUUGCAGGGGAAUGCGGCGUCUAAGUUCAAUGUGCUUGGUGCUGUAGGGUAUGGGUCUAUUUUAUUCGUCGGCUUGAUGGCUAUACUAUAGUCACUCGAUAAUGGUCUAUCAGGCCUAGCAAGGGCAGCGCGGCGACUGUCAAUUGAGUUAUGGAGAAUGGAAGAACAAAAUUGUUUCACAGAUUUUCGGAGAAGGGCACAAAGUGCAAUGGGAAUACACAAAAAUGGGAAUCAGAUGGGACACUCCUUUUCAAUAAGCAAUGGGAUUACGGCGCAGAAUUAACGACAUCAUCAUGAAAACGAUGUAACGACACUCCUUUACAGCAUAGCGUGGUGGGAAAACGGCGGCGGGUAUGGUUGGGUUAGGUUGGCGUGCUUUAUUAGAAGGAAAUAGGAGAAACGCAACAUCGUCUUGCAGCGGAAAUCGCAAUUGUACUUUAUAUUUGAGGAAACAAAUCAUAUUUGCUUACAGCAUGA